AUGAGCGAGAGAUCCCUGGACCUAACGACGACGGCGUGUGCGGAGUGUGGAAAAACGUCCACACGGGAUGAAAAGAUGAUUGCCUGUGACAGCUGUGAUUGCAGGUUUCACAUACGUUGUGUGGGAUUAACAACGGUAACGAAAAGAGACAAGAAAUGGUUCUGUAAGGAGAUUACCUGUGAACGCGUCUUCCAGGAAUACCAGAAACAGAAAAAAGCGUCUCGUACAAAGAAAAUUGCGGAAGAAUAUGACAAAUUGAGCACCACAUCGACCGAUAAUCGUCAACCAUUGCCCGUACCCGCUGCCGUGGAAGAAAAGUUAGAAGCGAUGGAGAUAGAAAAUCAACGUUUGGAAGAAGAGAUGGAUGCGGAGAUGCUGUUGAAGGAAAAGGAAAUGGAGAUGAAAAAUGCGUUGAAAAUAAGAAGAAUGCGAAUGGAGCAAGCGUUGCGUGAAAGAGAAUUGGAAAAUGAUCAACUGUUGCGCGAACAAGAGAUUGAAAAAAGGAACUCGAACUUCAGCAAGAAUUGCGGGAAAAGGAAGAGCAUCUGGUCCGCAUGA